AUGACUGAACAAUAUGAAGUUUCUCUACUCAUAUUACCUCCUGAACUUCUUUAUCGAAUAUGCGACUUUCUCGAUUCAGAAACAUUACUUCUUUCAUUUCGUAAUGUUUGUAUAAAACUUUAUACAAUUGCAAAUACAUAUAAUCGAUAUAAAAUAUGUUUACGUUCUAUGUCAAAGAUAAAUAUUUGUCAACUUAUUCGACCUGAAAAUGUUGUCUCGUUAGAUUUUUGGGCUAGAAACAAUACAAUAAAUUGGAUUGAACUAUUACUACCAAUGUUCAAGACAUAUAAAUUCACUCGACUUCAUUCAUUAUCUCUUCAUAUGAUUAAUAUCAAUGAUCUAAAUAUCAUCUUACAUCAUGUUGCUAUAAAUUGUAUGCUAACAUCAUUUGCCAUCUAUUCGGAUAUGCCAAUAGAUAGUAAUGAUACAUUACAACUUCUUUCUCUAAUUAUUGCACAACCUACUCUUCAAAAUAUUAUUCUGUAUUUUAAUCUUACUGAUAAACAUCAACUAUCAUGGCCUAAUCAGUCCGUAGUCAAAAAACUAUCAAUAAGUAAUUGUACUAUUCAACAGUUCUGUUCUAUUCUUCAAAAUUCACCUUAUCUUCAUUCGUUGAUAAUGGAUAGUUGUUAUGUAAGUGGAGUAGAUGAAACUAUCUUAUCAAAAUCAUACAGACAAAUAACAUCAUUGACAUUAAAUGAUAUGCAAAUGACAAUGGAUAAACUUGAAUUAUUACUUUCAUUACUACCAUCUAUUAUACAUCUUGAUCUAGCUAGUUCAGGUAGACCAUAUGAAUUUGUUCGACGAUUAUCUCAAUGGGAAGAAUUUAUUCGAUUAAAAUUACCUCAACUUUAUCGAUUUGAAUUUUGUAUUUUUUGUUAUUGUUCAAAUUGGGAGAAUUUUGAAUCGAUAAUAUCGGCAUUUCGAACAUCAUUUUGGCUUGAAGAAAAACAUUGGUUUGUAACAUGUCAAUUUCGUGAUGAUUGGACAUCAAGUUUCACUCUGUUUACAUCACCAGAAUCUUCAACAUUUUCUAAUCAAAAACAUCAUAAUUUUGAUCAAAUUACUUGUUCGAACUCAAUGAUAAGUAAAACAUAA